AUUGCUAUUAUUUUCAUUAUUAUUUGGAAUAAAUAAAUAUUCAAUCUCUACAAUUAUUGCGAAAACGAUUUAUAGCUGAAUUUUAAUUUUAUAUAUCCACACACACACUCAGAUCUCAGUACUCGUUGGUUUUUGCAUCUCCUUUUAUUACCCCCUUUCUCUCUAUCUCUCUCAGAUCGAACACGAGACAAGUAUGGGUGCUGAAAACAAUUUCGACAUGGACGAUGGGACGCUUGAGAUUGGCAUGGAAUAUAGGACGGUCUCGGGUGUUGCUGGACCACUGGUUAUCCUUGAUAAAGUUAAGGGACCUAAGUUUCAAGAGAUUGUGAACAUUCGAUUAGGGGAUGGAACAACUCGACGAGGUCAAGUUUUAGAGGUCGAUGGGGAGAAAGCUGUUGUUCAGGUAUUUGAAGGAACAUCUGGAAUUGACAACAAAUACACAACUGUGCAAUUUACAGGAGAGGUCCUGAAAACUCCCGUCUCAUUGGAUAUGCUUGGGCGCAUAUUUAACGGUUCCGGGAAACCAAUUGAUAACGGUCCUCCAAUUCUACCUGAGGCUUAUUUGGAUAUUUCUGGAAGUUCUAUUAAUCCUAGUGAGAGAACAUAUCCCGAGGAGAUGAUUCAGACUGGGAUCUCAACAAUUGAUGUCAUGAAUUCCAUUGCUAGAGGGCAGAAAAUUCCUCUUUUUUCUGCUGCAGGUCUUCCACAUAAUGAAAUUGCGGCUCAGAUAUGCCGUCAGGCUGGUCUGGUCAAGCGGUUGGAGAAAACCGAGAAUCUGUUGGAGGAUGGAGAGGAUGAUAAUUUUGCCAUAGUGUUUGCUGCCAUGGGGGUCAACAUGGAGACUGCCCAGUUUUUCAAACGUGAUUUUGAGGAAAAUGGUUCGAUGGAAAGAGUCACCCUUUUUCUGAACUUGGCUAAUGAUCCUACUAUCGAACGUAUUAUUACGCCUCGAAUUGCUUUAACCACCGCGGAAUACCUAGCAUAUGAAUGCGGGAAGCACGUUCUUGUCAUUUUAACGGAUAUGAGCUCAUAUGCCGACGCUCUUCGUGAGGUUUCUGCUGCCCGGGAGGAAGUUCCGGGAAGACGUGGUUACCCUGGUUAUAUGUAUACUGAUCUUGCUACCAUUUAUGAACGUGCUGGGCGAAUUGAAGGCCGAAAGGGAUCCAUCACGCAGAUUCCAAUUCUAACUAUGCCAAAUGAUGAUAUUACUCAUCCCACUCCGGAUCUUACUGGUUAUAUUACUGAGGGUCAGAUAUACAUUGACAGACAACUCCAAAACCGACAGAUAUAUCCCCCAAUAAAUGUGCUUCCGUCCUUGUCUAGGUUGAUGAAGAGUGCCAUUGGCGAGGGCAUGACCCGCAGGGAUCAUUCUGAUGUGUCUAACCAGCUAUAUGCAAACUAUGCUAUUGGCAAAGAUGUUCAGGCAAUGAAAGCUGUGGUUGGAGAAGAAGCUUUGUCUUCUGAGGAUCUGUUGUACUUGGAGUUCUUGGACAAAUUUGAAAGGAAGUUUGUUGCUCAAGGAGCAUAUGAUACUCGUAACAUCUUCCAGUCACUUGAUUUAGCAUGGACAUUAUUGAGAAUUUUUCCGCGAGAGCUUCUCCAUCGUAUACCAGCAAAGACACUUGAUCAGUUCUACAGUCGAGAUGUAGCUAACUGAUGUCAGAAAUAAAUCUUUUGUACCUAUCCGUAUGUUGAAUCCCUGGGCUUGAGUUUUGUGUUCACGUAUUCUGUGGCUUUGCUUCUUAGGUUCAUUCUCCUAUAUUCAGCUCCAAUAAUAAAGAGAUCUUGUUCUCGCUGAGUUCCCCAUAGCCUCAGCACCUCAAUAGUUAAGAGACAUCAAUUCUUUUCAAUGAGAAACCGUUCAAAUUUUAAGUACAGUAAUUUUAUAUAGCUACAUGCCUGCAGUUUCUUUGUUUGCUGGCGGAUAUGGGUUAUGGUAUGAGAAACAUUAGGUCCUCUGGAUCCUAGCAGUCGUGUUUAUGGUGCUUGUUCUAUUAAUUAUUUCUUUUUGUGUGAAGCUUAAUUUUUGGGGUAUUUAUUUAGGUAAUAAAUUUUUUAAUGUAAAAUUUAGUAUAUUUGACGAUGAUGUCAGACCAGACUUCAUGUAUUGAAGUAUGUAUUAUAUAUCAUUAUAUCCUACCAUUUUGCUAGUUAAGAUGAAA